AUGCGCAGACUGUUGACUUCCGGGCAGCAGCAGCAGCAGCUCACCUGUCCGCAGAGCUCCAGCGUCUCUUUGCUUCUCUGAGCUUCGUUGGGUUUCUGGACCUCGUGCUCACCUGAGGCUCGCUCCCGGACGAGCUCGUGCCUCUCCAUGCGCACUCCCGUGAUUGUGACGCUGUUUGUUUUGGUGCUGAGCGAUGCGCGGGCACGUGAGUUCAGUGAGGAGGAGAUGGAUGCAGCCAGGCAGCGCAUCAAAUCCAUGUUCUACCACGCCUACAACAGUUACCUUGACAACGCCUUCCCCUACGACGAGCUCCGCCCACUCACCUGUGACGGACAGGACACCUGGGGCAGUUUCUCGCUCACUCUGAUUGAUGCUCUCGACACUCUGCUGGUUUUGGGAAACAACACAGAGUUCCAGCGAGUGGCGUCGCUGCUCCAGGACACCGUGGACUUCGACAUCGACGUCAACGCCUCCGUGUUCGAAACCAACAUCAGAGUGGUGGGCGGUCUGCUGUCGGCUCACCUGUUGUCAGGUCGGGGGGGGAUGGAGCUGGAGCCCGGUUGGCCCUGUUCAGGUCCGCUGUUGAGGAUGGCCGAGGACGCCGCCAGGAAACUGUUGCCUGCGUUCCAGACUCCCACCGGGAUGCCGUACGGCACGGUGAACCUGCUGAAAGGCGUCAGUCCAACAGAAACGCCCGUCACCUGUACGGCCGGCGUGGGAACCUUCAUCCUGGAGUUCGCCACGCUGAGCCGACUGACAGGAGACGAGACGUUUGAGAACGUUGCCCGCCAAGCCCUCAGGGCCCUGUGGAGGACCAGAUCUGACAUCGGGCUGGUGGGGAACCACAUUGACAUCCUGUCUAAGAAGUGGGUCGCUCAGGACGCCGGCAUCGGAGCCGGAGUCGACUCCUACUUUGAGUAUCUGGUGAAGGGAGCCAUCCUGCUGCAGGACGAGGAGCUGCUGGACAUGUUCAAGGAGUACGACCUAGCCAUUCAGAACUACACCCGGUUUGACGACUGGUACCUUUGGGUCCAGAUGCACAAAGGGACCGUCUCCAUGCCGGUCUUCCAGUCUCUGGAGGCCUUCUGGCCCGGCCUGCAGUCUCUCGUGGGGAACCUGGACAGCGCUGUGAGAACCUUCCAGAACUACUACUCGGUGUGGAGACAGUUUGGAGGUCUGCCGGAGUUUUACAGCAUCCCUCAGGGUUACACUGUGGACAAGAGAGAGGGGUACCCACUGAGACCGGAGUUGAUAGAGAGCGCCAUGUACCUGUUCAGGGCGACAGGUGACCACACCUACCUCCAGCUGGGCCUGGACGCUCUGGAGUCCAUCGAGAAGAUCACCAGGACGCCCUGCGGAUACGCCAGCGUGAAAGACCUGCGGGAUCACCAGCUGGACAACCGGAUGGAGUCCUUCUUCUUGGCCGAGACCAUCAAGUACCUCUACCUGCUCUUUGACCCCGCCCACUUCCUGCACGGCGGCGGUGCGGAGGGGGACGGGUCCUGGGAGGAGGGGGCGAGGGGGGCAGUGCGUUUUAGGGGCGGGGGGUUCAUCUUCAACACGGAGGCUCACCCUCUGGACCCGGCGGCGCUCUACUGCUGCGGACGCCACGCCCAGGACCGCCAGGAGCUCCGGGACAUCCUGCUCAACCUAUCGCAGCCCGGCGAGAAGCCCCGCGGCCAAUCACAGCCCAGAGAGCCAGAAGGCCCUCCCCUCGGCCAAUCAGAGAGCAUCGCUCUGAAACCGGGCGAGAAGAAGACGCCCACGCUGGCCUGCCCCGUUCAGCCGUUCAGCGCUCGACUCUCCAUCCUGGGACAAGUUUUUACCGAUGACACCUGAACGCAUCACUCUGCUGCUGACUGGAUCAUAAUCUGGAAAACAAAGACAAAUGUUUGAAAGUGAAACAAGAACUCAAACUCGCUGCGUCGACUCUGUUGCUUUAAUUUAAACUGA